AAAUCAAUUGCGCUGUAAGAAUUUAAGUUACUUUUGCAAACUUCCAAAGAAAUUGAUCGACAUUUUUACACAAUGGCGCCAAUUGCUCAAAAGCAAAUAGUUCCCGCCAAAACGCGCGCUCAGACCCGCAAUCCAACCAGAACAAGAUCCACAUCCAAGCAAAAGGAUGCGGAGGAGGAGGCGAACAAUUUGCCAACAAAGCGCAGGAUGCGUCGCGCUAAGAACUCCAGCGAAAACUGCGAGGAUCAGCUGCCAACUGCAGCGCCCGCCGAGAGUUCACUUAAAACGACUUCAAAGAGACUACAAGAUCGGGUGAGCGCGUCCAGCGUGGGCAGCGACUCGCCCAAGCGCAAAAAGGAGACAAUUGCAACUACUUCGCAGAGGUCACUGAGGCGACUGAACGUGUCCAAUUCGCCCAAGCCCAAGAGUAACAACAAAAAGGAGUUAAAUACAACUGCUUCGGAGAGGAUAGUUACCCGACUGAGCGUGUCCAAUGUGGGCAGCGAUUCACCAAAGUCCAAGAGGAACAAGAAGCAGGCAACAGUAACUACUGCACAGAGGAGACAGGCGCGUCUUAACGUGCCGAGCGCGGACAACGAUUCGCCCAAGCCCAAGAGGAACCACAUAAAAGAGACAAUUACAACUGCUUCGGAGGGCGUGGACAGCAAUUCACGCAAGUCCAAGAAGAAGACGAACAAGGAGAAUAUAAAUGCCAUGGCCGUCCAAACAAAAAAGUCCUCAACCGAAAAAGUCGCCCAUGACAACAACAACUACCUAGGCCUGCAGCCGGAGCUGGAUUCCGACCACGAUUUGGCGCGCAGAUGCCAACUGCUUAAGGAGCUGUGCGUCACACUGGAUAAACAUGCGGAGCAGCCGCAGCAGCCGUCAACGACGCUCUACACGCACGCUGACUUGCAGCAGUUCCUCACGAGCUCCACACUCAGGCACACAUUCCCCUUUGCCUAUCACAGCGAGGAGGAGGAGGACACUGCGCAGCUCAUUCAGCAACUGAAUGGCGCCAUCAACAAACUGGGCGGCGUGCAGCUGGAUCAGCUGCUCGAUCUGUACCAUUUGGCCAUCCUGAUGCAGAGCUAUCAACUGCUGGACACGCACUGCCAGGGCCAGCGCUGCGAGCUGUUACAGACGGUGGGCCAGCUGUCGGUGGAGCUGCCAGCGGAAUAUAUUGAAUACAUUGGCAUUAGCCUGUGCGAUAGAUUUGCAUUUGGCACUGGCAGGGAGCGCAUGCAAAGGGUCAUCGAUAUGCAUCGAGCUCUGGUGCUGCUGAUCAAUGAUCGCGAUGUCAAUCGUGGCAUUGCGAUGACCAUCCUGCUGGCCACGUUCGCCAAGAUCUCGGGCAUGGACAUGCCCAAACCACAGACUGAUAUUAUUAGCCAAGCAUUCGACAUGGUGAAGCGCGUGGACUGGAUGCAGCUGAUCGUUGCUCGCCGCGAGUCGGAUAUGUUUGUCCUGGUGCGCUGUUUCGCAUUGAUCAUAAACACGCACCACAAUCGCUUGGCGCACGCCAACUGGAACAAAGGCCUGGGCAGCGAGAUACACAAAUAUUUCAUGCAGGUCUUGCGCACGGUGCGCUUCUCCAGCAACUAUAAUGCCUUUGCCAUGAUGAUGGAACGUUUUAUUGCUUUUUGUGUUGUACGCGGUGCUGCGGCGAGCUUUUCUGGAACAGAUGUGUUUGACACCGGAUCUCUAUAAUUUUGCGAGCUGCUGAAAACUGAAAAUCCCUCCAAAUAUUAUUUAUUUGUUAACAAUAAUUUAUUUUUAUUU